GCCUUGAGCGAUGUGUGGGAGCAGCUGAUUGGCCAGCGCUUGGUUGGUCCGCGCGGCGGCCGAGGUGAUAAAAAGCCGCGGCGGCAGCCAUGGCUGAGUAGGCCUGAGGGAAGGAUUGGUGCUUAAGAGAGAGGAAAAAAAAGAGUACGACCAGCGAGAGCGGCAGUUAUCAUCCCCGCAGAGAGAGGGGGAGAAAAAUCGGGUUGACGUACAAGGAGGGCGAUGAGUGGAAAUCAAAUCAGAAAGGUCCGCAUUUGGCCUCUGUUGUUACUGUUGCUGCUGCUGAUCUUGGUGUCGGGGCCAAAGCCCGUUUCAGCGGAAGAAGAAAUUGACGAUGAAUCACUGGAUUCAAAGACAAAUGAACAAAGUGAAGAGCAUCGAGCUGAAGCACGUGUAGUUGCUGGGCAGAUCAUAGAUUCCAAAGAUGAUGCCUGGGAAGGCAAAGCUGAAGAACCCCAGCAAUCUCCUUCUGAAGAAGAUAGUCCAACCACUGACGAUACAGAAGAUGUUAUAAAAGAUCAGACUGCAAUUGGUGGCACUGCUGAUGGUGAGCCCUGCAUAUUUCCUUUCCUGUUCUUGGAUCAGGAAUACUUUAGCUGUACUACUGAUGGGCGAGAUGAUGACCGAUUCUGGUGUGCAACAACAUACAACUAUAACCAGGACCACAAGUGGGGAUUUUGUGAAACUGACGAAGAAGCCAGUCAAAGAAAACUUGCACAGGAAGCAGAGAGACUCUAUCACUCUGGGAUGAAAAUGGUUAACAGUACAAAUAAGAAGAGUCAAAAAAAAGAAGGAUACAAAAUACUUGUCAAAGCAGCUGACAUGGGAAAUACCAAGGCCAUGGAGAAAGUGGGCUAUGCCAUGCUGUUGGGUGACUACCUGAAGUUGAACAUUGGUGAAGCUAAGAAUUUCUUUGAGACUCUUGCACAGCAGGGUUCUCCAAAAGGUCAAACAGCUCUUGGAUUCCUUUAUGCAUCUGGAGUGGGUGUCCACUCGAGUCAAGCUAAGGCAUUGGUAUUUUACACUUUUGGAGCACUUGGAGGAAAUUUGUUGUCGCACAUGAUUUUGGGUUAUAGAUAUUGGGCUGGCAUUGGAGUCCCCCAGAGUUGUGAAUCUGCAUUAACUCAUUACAAACUCGUGGCAAGCUAUGUUGCCAAUGAUAUCUCUUUGACUGGUGGUAAUGUUGUUCAGAGAAUUCGUCUCCUUGAUGAAGCUGAAAACUCUGGUGUUGGCAGUGGAAUGCUAGAAGAUGACUUAAUCCAAUAUUACCAGUUUUUGGCUGAAAAGGGAGAUGUCCAAGCACAGGUUGGACUUGGUCAGUUGCAUUUGCAUGGCGGACGAGGUGUGGAACAGAAUUUUCAGAGAGCCUUUGAUUAUUUUAACCAAGCAGCAGCAACUGGGAAUUCCCAAGCAAUGGCAUUCCUUGGAAAGAUGUACUCAGAGGGUAGUAAUGUUGUACCCCAGAACAAUGACACUGCUUUUCAUUAUUUCAAGAAAUCUGCAGACAUGGGUAAUCCAGUCGGACAGAGUGGUCUUGGAAUGGCUUAUUUAUAUGGAAAAGGCGUCCCAGUGAAUUAUGAUUUGGCUCUGAAGUACUUUCAGAAAGCUGCUGAACAAGGCUGGGUGGAUGGACAGCUGCAGUUGGGCUCUAUGUAUUACAAUGGUGUAGGUGUGAAGAGAGAUUACAAACAGGCCUUGAAAUAUUUUAAUCUCGCCUCACAAGGUGGACAUAUACUGGCUUUUUAUAACUUGGCUCAGAUGCAUGCAGUAGGGAGUGGUGUGAUUCGAUCUUGUCAUACAGCUGUUGAGCUGUUCAAAAAUGUUUGUGAGCGAGGACGUUGGUCAGAGCGGUUAAUGUCUGCAUACAACAGCUACAAGGAGGGUGACACAGACUCUGCAUUAGUUCAGUACCUGUUAUUGGCAGAACAAGGCUAUGAGGUGGCCCAGAGCAAUGCUGCAUUCAUUCUGGAUCAAAAGGAAGCUAAAAUCUUUGGUGAGAAUGAAACUUAUCCACGAGCAUUGUUGCACUGGAAUAGAGCAGCAGCGCAAGGUUAUACAACUGCAAGAAUCAAACUGGGAGAUUAUCAUUUCUAUGGUUACGGCACAGACAUUGACUAUGAAACUGCUGUAAUUCAUUAUAGACUUGCAUCUGAGCAGCAGCAUAGUGCCCAAGCCAUGUUUAACCUGGGCUACAUGCACGAGAAGGGUUUGGGCAUUAAACAGGAUAUCUACCUUGCAAAGCGAUUUUAUGACAUGGCUGCAGAGACGAGUCCUGAUGCUCAAGUCCCUGUCUUCCUUGCACUUUGUAAAUUAGGCAUGAUGUAUUCACUAGACUACUUGAGUGAAACCAAAUUCCGAGAGAUGUGGAUGCAGAUUGACUUGGAUGUUCUGCUGGGCCCUGAGUGGGAUCUUUACCUCAUGACUGUACUUGCUCUGCUAUUGGGGACUGUGAUUGCUUACAGGCAAAGACAGCAGCAACCUGAACUUCGGGCACCGGGACCCCAGCAGCCAGGACCUCAGCGUGAGCAACAAUAGCAAAGAUGCAGCUAGUUUAGGUGUAUUCUUUGUUUCUUGCCACACCCAUUAAACCCCACCCCCACACCCUCUAAACUAUUUGUUUAUGCAGCAAGAAAAGGUUGGACUUUUGACUUGUAUGAAGUGCACAUUUUCCUAAUAAAACAGCCUAUUUUCAGGCUUGCUGAGUUUUUAAGCUAUUUUGAUCAGCAUCGGAAGAAUAGUUUUAUAUGAAGUUGAAAAAGCUUUGGUCCUUUGAACUUAAAAAAAACUGAUUUACUUGGCAUUUUCCAGCAGUUUAUGUAUUAAAUUUUUUGUUUUCAGCAUAAAUCUAAUUUGUUUUUCAUUAAUGUUAUGAUACCUAACAAGUUCUUCUGAAUUCCAGAUGAAAGUUAUUCUUGAUGUGCCACUACUUAGUAUGUCAUUGCACAACCACAUGUAACUUCACAGCUAAUUGCCAAUAGAUCUUACGUCAAUACUUCAGCUCUUCUGUGAAGAACGUGCUUACUUUUUCCUUUUGUUGAAUAUGUCAACCAACUCACUUUUGAAGACCACUGCUGUCAACAACCAUAUGUCCUCAUGGAGCUUUUCUGGUACAUUUGUAGGAAGGGUUUCUUUUAAUUUGGCUACAGAGUGAGAAGAAUUGAUAAGUGCAAUAAUAUAUAAAUCUGAAAUGAAAUCUUGCUGCAUUUAUCUAAUUAAAACAAAAAUGACAACUUUCUGUGGAAGCUGAAGUUUCCAUUAAUAUGGAAAUCUCCUCUUUAUUGAAUUACUGUCAAUUUGACAAUCUGGUUUUUUUUUUGCAAAGUGAAGGUCCAAACAGCCUGAAAUUGGCAUAGAAUUUUGGUGAAUUAUUUCAUUACAGUCUGACUUCAUGGGAACCUUUUUUGUGUUUUUUUUUAAUUAAACGUGCAGAAUUGAAAAAGCCUGCAGUCAGUUUGGCCUUCGGCCUUGGACAAAAUUAAUCACAUCAGUGCAAAAACAAAAUACUACGGGAUGCUGGAAAUCUGAAAUAAAAACAAACGUUGCUGAAAGAACUUAUUGGGUCAUGCAGCAUAUUUGGAGGGGAACAGAGUUGAAUGCUCCUGAUCAACUUCAUUUCAAACUGAGACAAUAACUUUUUUCCUGUCCACAGGUGUUGCUUGACCUACUAGCUAUUUACAACAUUAUUGUACUUUUUAUUUCAUUCAUAUUAAUAGCUGGAAUUAGAACUGUACCUCUGUUUGUAAUAGACUUUCUUGAAGCCUAUCUACCUAAUGAGCCAGCACUGUUGUUUAAUGAUGGAUUUGAAUGGUCGAUUUAGUAAUGCCAAUAAAGAAUUACAGCUGGACUCCUGCCUUUUGCUGUGGAGAGAUCUAUUGAGACGCACAGAUGUGAGGGGGGGGUGUGGUGUUGUUUUGGGAGGGUUCUGGAGUUUAAGCAGCCUACUAUAACAUGAUGGUCAAGUUGACAAACAACAUACCAAUGAUAGCCCUAAUAAAUACUGAUUUGUACCUCUCCUCCCACCCAUCUGUUUGGGGAGAACAAUAGCUCUUAACAGCUGCACUUUUGUUUUGCAACCUUAGCUAAAUUUUGACAAUGCAAGUCCCCAUUAUAACUGGUGGUGGGAGUCUUAACUGUGUAAAUGUACUAUAUUGUAAAUGAAAUAAAGGAAAGCUGUGUAAAAUUGUUUAAAAAUGUUAAUAAGGUGUACAGACGUUUUUUAAUGUAAUGUAACCUUUUGUGAAUUGGAAAAUCCAGCCUAAUUAGCCAGCAAACUCUGUAUAUUUGUGCUUCAUUUUAAUAAACUGUCCAGCUGCUGUGGAA